AGAACUGGUAGGGUGGAGGCCUCUGCCUCCCGGGAUUAAGCAGGAUAGAGAGGGAUUACAGGCUUCUUUUCUGGCCACUCUUUAGUGUAAAAUCACGUAUAUGUUGGAAACCGGGGCAAAGGCAGGGCAUCACCCAAAACCGGGGGAAAAAACAUAAUAGGAUGGUACUCUAUCUCCUGCCCCACUGAUUGUGGACUCUAGAGGGGAGAGGAAGAGCUGAGAGUGAGAACCUCUGUGAUCUAGAGUACGGAAACACCUGCCAUGAGGCAGAGGGUGGAGGCAGAGCAGAUGACUGACACCGGACUUUGUGAAAAUGGUCUAACUAAGAUCCUAGCAGAAGUGGUAGAGGAGGUGAGGUUGUCUAUAGAUAAGGACAUUAAUGGAACAGAUCUUCUCCACAGUCUGCUCAGUGCACCGUGGCUCAAAUCUCUGCUCAGGGUGUAUGAGUGUUUACUGGAGUACAGGAGGAUUUCCCCCAGCCCGUAUCUCACCUAUGCCUCAGCACUCACUCAGGAGAUCAUGGGGGAUAUGAGGUCCCUGCCUAACCCCUCCGCUGAGGCCCAGGAGCUCUACAUGCUGCUUAAAGCACCUCAUUGUCAGGCCCUGCUUUCAGCUCAUGACUCUGUUGCUCAGAAGAACUACGGCCCAGUCUUGCCACAACUUCCUGAUGACCUGCCUGAGGAUGAGGAGGCCAUGAGGAUAGUCUGCCUAGUAAAGAACAAGCAGCCCCUGGGUGCAACUAUCAAGAAAGAUGAGAAAACAGGAGAGAUCUUCAUUGCCAGGGUGAUACAUGGAGGACUAGCAGAUCGCAGUGGUCUUCUCUAUCCUGGAGAUAAACUGGUAGAGGUGAAUGGGGAGCCAGUGGAAGGUCUGGAGCCUGUACAAGUCAUUCAUAUACUGGUGCAUUCUCAAGGAACUAUCCUGUUUAAGCUGAUCCCCAACUCACCACAGCCUGCUAUCAGCCAAUCAAUCAUGUUUGUGAGAGCUAUGGUGGACUACAAUCCACUGCAGGACCCUUCCAUUCCCUGCGCAGAUGCAGGAAUGGCCUUCAGCAAAGGGGAUCUGCUAGAGAUUGUGGACCAGAAAGACAUUCAGUGGUGGCAGGCCAAGCAGAUGCCCAAUGCUACAGCCUGUGCAGGUCUUAUUCCAUCUAUAAGCCAUUUCAGAAGCAAGAAAAGGGAGUUCUGGUGGUCUCAGCCAUAUCAGGCCCACACUUGCAUAAAACCCUUGAGUGCAGCUGAUGUUGGAGAAAAGGAUGGAGAAACUAUUGAAGAGAAUUGUCUAGAAGCAGAUGACGAAGAUUUAGAAACCGAGGAUGGUGAACAUGGUGGACAUAUAGAAGACUUUUAUAUUGCGGGGUUCAGGAACAGCCUGCGGUUGUGGAGGAGGAAGGCACUCAUUAAGAGGAGGCAGUCCUGUCACUCCUGCAGCAGCAACAGCUGUGCCUCAGCCAGUCCCUAUGAGGAGGUGAUCAACUACCAGCGCAAUGCCAACGAAGCCCCGCGCCUCAUCAUUCUCACGGGUCCAUCAGGAGUAGGAAUAAAUGAAAUACGUAGGAGACUCGUCAAAUUCAAUCCCAACACUUUUCAGGCACCUAUACCAUACACUACACGACCCCCGAGAGGUACUGAGCUAAAUGGACGAGAAUAUCACUUCAUCACCAAAGAGCUGUUUGAAUAUUUGGUGGUUAACCACAAAUUUAUUGAAUAUGGGGAACAUAAGGGUCACCUGUACGGCACCUGCUACGAUUCCAUCAAAGACGUUCUGGACAGUGGGAAAACCUGCAUCAUUGACCUCGAUCCUCAUUGCAUCCCUGCAGCAAGAACUAAGAUCCUGAAGCCCUAUAUCAUCUUUGUAAAACCUCCAUCUGUUAAACGCAUGAAGUUAACAAGGAGGGACGCCAAGUUUAUCGCCGGCAGCUACUUCAAGAGAACUUUUAGGGAUGAGGAUUUUGAGGAGAUUGAAGAGGCGGGGAAGCUGAUGAAGGCUCAGUACAGUCAGUUUUUUGACUGUGUGAUUGUAAAUGACCGACUUCAGGACGCAUGCAGGGAUCUUUUCGCAGCUAUUCGGCACGCUCAGGAGGAGCCACAGUGGAUACCAGCCAGCUGGAUAAGCCUUGAUGAACCAUGAUACACACAGAACUGAUGUGGAAAUGGAGCAUUAUGUAUUAUGUACUAUCUAUGUGUAGAUGUAAUAGUUCACUAUAUAGGUAGUAAGGUAUUUGAAACUGAUUAAAAAUGUGAAUUUCAUGCAUUUGAGUGGGCAAGAAUAUCAGCUUUUAAAUAUAUACAGAUAUGUUGACUUAUUUGCACUUAUCGAAGUUCAUUUUGAUAACUUAUACAAUAUGUUACACUUUUUAGAGAAGUAUAAAAACAGAUACCCAAUUCUGCUUGUCUGUGGACAAUUGUAUGUUGAUUUUGUUGAUGUUGAUAUUGAACAAAUCCCAAGUGCACAGAGGACUAACGUUGGAGGUUCAGUCAUUGUGUCAAAUAUAUUGUUUUAUUACAGGAUUUUGCACUAGUUCACUCUGUUUGUUGCAAACUGCUCUCUUUGUGUUUUUUUUUUUCAAUUUUAUAUCAUUUACAACCAGUCUGUUUAUUUUUUAUGAGCCACAAUAUCUCAAUUUUCUCACAAACUCUAGUUAUCUGAAAAUAUUGACCUUAUUUAAUAAAAGUAUAUUUUGAA